AUGUCAUCCACCAGCGAGAGCAGGUACACCUAUGAGCAGUACAAAGAGACAGCUGAUUGGCUGCUGGAGCAUACGCAGCACAUGCCCAAGGUGGCCAUCAUCUGUGGUUCUGGACUGGGAGGGCUGGCAGACUUACUGGAGAAUAGUGUAGCCUUCCCUUAUAAAGACAUCCCUCACUUCCCUCAGAGCACAGUGCCAGGCCAUGCUGGGAAUCUGGUGUUUGGGGAGCUGCAAGGGAAGGCCUGUGUUUGUAUGCAGGGCAGGUUCCAUUACUAUGAGGGCUACAGCAUUGCCAUGGUGACGUACCCGGUGCGUGUGUCUACUCUGCUUGGGGUGGAGACGUUGAUAGUGACCAACGCUGCAGGAGGACUGAACCCUAAGUUCAAUGUUGGUGACAUCAUGUUGAUCAGAGACCACAUCAAUAUGCCUGGCCUGGCCGGCAUCAACCCUCUGAGGGGACACAACGAUGACAGGUUUGGUGUGCGGUUCCCCUGCAUGUCGGAUGCGUAUGAUGCAGACCUGGGCCGUUUGGCUCGAGAGGUUGCGGAGGAGCAGGGCUGUUCCUCUUUCCUCCAACAGGGGGUGUAUUGCAAUGUGGGCGGCCCCGCCUUCGAGACAGUGGCAGAGAGCAAGAUACUGCUGAGCCUGGGGGCAGACGCUGUGGGUAUGAGUACAGUGCCAGAAGUGAUUGUGGCUCGUCACGGUGGUCUGCGUGUGUUUGGUCUGUCUCUCAUCACCAACCGCGUGGUAUCAGAGUAUGGCAGCCAGGAACGCGCCAACCAUGAGGAGGUGCUGGAAAUCACCCAGCGACGCACACAGGACCUGCAGAAACUCAUCAUCAACCUCUUGGCCCGAAUAUAG